AACCAUGGGUGCCUACAAGUAUAUUCAGGAGCUGCACACCAAGAAGCAGUCGGAUGUCCUCCGAUUCCUUAUGCGAGUCAGGUGCUGGGAGUACCGUCAGCUCAACGUGAUCCACCGAGCCUCCCGACCCUCUCGCCCGGACAAGGCUCGCCGCCUGGGCUACAGGGCCAAGCAGGGCUUCGUCAUCUACCGUAUCCGUGUCCGCCGUGGUAACCGCAAGAAGCCGGUGCCAAAGGGAGCCACCUACGGUAAGCCCGUCAACCAGGGUGUGAACCACCUCAAGUACCAGCGAUCUCUCCGUGCCACCGCCGAGGAGCGAGUGGGCCGAAAGGCCGCCAACUUGCGCGUGCUCAACUCCUACUGGAUCAACCAGGACGGUGUUUACAAGUACUUCGAGGUCAUCUGCGUCGACCCCCAGCACAAGGCUAUCCGCCGUGAUGCCAGGAUCAACUGGAUUGCCAACCCCGUCCACAAGCACCGUGAGGCCCGUGGUCUUACCGCUACCGGCAAGAAGUCGCGAGGACAAGGAAAGGGUCACCGUUACAACCACACCCAGGGUGGAAAGAACAAGUCGAUCCGUCGCAGGGACACUCUCCAGCUCACUCGAUACCGAUGAGCGUUUGGAAGAGCAUCGUCUCUGCCUCUCCCCCCUUUUCCCCCUCUCCUCUACUCUCUUCGGUCGUGGCUAUCCUCCCCCCAUUCCCCCCGCUCUUGCGUUCCUGUUCAUCUCACGUGUACUACUCUCACUUUUUCAGUGGUUCAGCGCGAACCUCAGAAUUUGAAGCAGCAUCGCUCUUCACCAGCA